UAAAUUUCUCUAUAUUUUCUUUUAAAAUAGAGAUAUUCCUCUAAAAUUGAAAUGGAUUAGAGAGAAAUCUACCUUUAUUUUAAAAUUAUUCUAUUUUAAAAGAAAAAAUAGCAAAAUAGAUUGGAGAUGAUCUAAUAAUAAGUGCACACACACACAAAAAUGCUAAUCAAACAUCACUGUCACGUGAUGGUUUUUAGUUAGCACGUGAUCAUCCCUAAAACUAAUCUUAACCGUCGUCGUUCGUCGCCGAUCAACGUCGGACACGCUGGAGAAUCAACGACGCAAAACUUUAGUCGCUGAACGCUGGAAUUAAUCGCUGCGUUUUGACGGGGAACUAACGCUGGAAUUGUUCCUUCGCCGUCGUUAUCUCUCGUCCCCGGCGACACGAAAACGAACAUUCAGGUCAUGAGAUUUACGAUUCUAUAUGGCUAUACCAUUCAGGCCUCACAGGAUCAGUCCGUGUCGAAAUUAGUUGACUAAUCCUGUAUCAACCGGUACCGGAGCUAUUAACAUCCAUGGAUCCGUCGAUGGCCACGCUAUGCUGAUUCUGUUACUUUUUCGAGCAUUUUUGGUUGAUUCGAGAGAUAUUGAAGAAUUCAACGAGGAACUGUUCCUAUAUAAAUUGCUUCAAACUCACAUGGUUCAGAAGUUUCGGGUCAGAGAGAUGGAAUUAUCUUUUACUCGUGGUCGCUGGAACCACGAACACGAACAGUGGGGCGGAUUUGACCAGUUACUAAACAGGGUCGUGAAGCCGUUUGUACUGAGAACUUGACGCCUUGGCUUGAAUUGCUUCCGUGUUAAGAGACAAGGAUGGGAUAUCUGCAUUAACGCAUAGGUCAUCUAUUUACCGAGCGUUUUAUCAUUCUCAUAGAUUGCAUUUAACUACUGUUAAAUCUGGACAAGAUGGAGUGGAUUCUGUUAUUGUGCUCGAGCAGACACUUACAGUUGCUCUACAGCCUGAUGCUGGUUCUGGUGAAAGGAAUAUACAGCCAAGCUGGUCCUUUGGUUCUCUUUUCGAAGAUGUGUUCUUGCAAAGUCAAGUACAGUUUAAUUAUGUUCAACUAGAGGGUUUUGCAGAUUGUGAGAAUGGAGCAUAUAGACCCUGGAAGAAUGAAGCUUUCUUUUGAUCUCGCUCUUACUUGGAAGCUUCCUUUUUAAAUGGUCAUGCCAACAAGCUCCAUUACUUGCAGGUCGCUUCUUGAUGGGAAGUGGAAAUGAAAAGUGUGCAAUUGCUAUCUCACUGAAAUCGACUCGAACGUUUGAGAGAGUUGCUUCUGUAACAAUGUUUUCUGUAUUACAAAAUUAGUUGAAGAAUGUAAGAUAUGUUCAUUAAUUCAGCAUCCUAUACAAACAAACACCAUUACAAAAUCAGAAUCGGCUCGGUUAGAUUCUGAUUCGGAAACUUCGGUUCGCAGGGCCUAGUAAAUUCAGAUUUAAGUUUCUGUAUAAAUAAAUGGCUCACGGUUAUAUAUGCAAGAAAGGAAUAAGUAGAUCUUUUGCUUCUGUAACAAGAUUUGAAUAGAAUCAAGAGUCGCAAACUUUGAGGAAAUGUAAGUAACAAAAAAUAUUCAGAUGUCUUCUGCAUUACAAAAUCAGUUGAAUAAUAUAAGAUAUGUUCCAUAAUUCAACAUAUCAUUCUUGCAUCGGCUCUCUCAUCAAUUACAGAGAUCAAGAAAUCUCUCAGAAUUUUUGAAACAUGUCAGCAGAAACUGAAGUAAUGUUUGAUGGAACAGAAAGUGGUGCAGUUGAGGUUAAUCGUGGAUUGCUUAAGGAGCUUGAAGAUAUGGGAUUCUCGAUGGCCCGAGCAGCUUGGGCUCUGCAUCAUUCUGGAAACUCUAGUCUUGAAUCAGCUGUGAACUGGAUCAUAGACCAUGAGAACGAUUCGCACUUUGACAAAAUGCCUUUGGUGGAGUUUAACAUUGAGAUUGAGUCUCCAAAUCCACUUGAUGAUACGGCUCAGGCAAGAGCAAAGGAGCUAAAGGAACGAGCUCGUAAGCUAAGAGAGGAAGAAGAAACUAAACGCGAAAGAGAAAGAGAAAAGGAAAGGAUACGAGCAGGAAAAGAGAUGAUGGAGACAAAGCGAAUCGCAGAAGAAAACGAACGAAAACGGUAUGAGAGAGAGAGAGAGAGAGCUUGUUUCUCACAAUCUCCCUUUGGAUUCAAUAAAACGGUGUUUGAUAUACAACAAAACAGGAACAUGGCUUUGAGGAAAGCUGAGAAAGAUGAGGAGAAAAAAGCAAGGGAGAAAAUUAUGCAGAAAGUUAAUGCAGACAAGCUGGAGAGAAAGCGAAGGCUAGGAUUGCCAACGGAAACUCAAUCUACUUCGACAUCAACUCCAGUUGCUCCACUUGGCACUAAGAGGAUAGUAGUGUCGUCACCAAGCUCAGCUUCGAAAGCAGAGGAGAUGAGAGAAUGUUUAAGAUCAUUAAGACGAAACCACAAAGACGAAGAUCCAAGAAUCACGAGGAGGGCAUUUGAAACGCUUCUGACGAUUGUGAGGAACGCAGCGAGGAAUCCUGACGAAGAAAAAUACAGAAGAAUCCGUCUCACGAACCGCUUGUUCCAGGAAAGAGUUGGGAGAUUCAAAGAAGGUAUUGAGUUCAUGGAGCUUUGUGGAUUCAAGAGAGAAGAGCAAGGAUCAGAGUUUUUGUCUCUGUCGACACACGACGCAGACAUCUUGCGGCUUCGAGACGCUGCGUUUCAGUUGCAAUCUGCAAUUACCAAUCCCUUCUUUGGUAUUCUCUCCAAAGAAGCUCAAGCAAACUUAUGAACAAUGAAUGUUCUGUUCCAUUAACACAUAAAUAACUGAGCCUUUUUUUUGUUUGUAAAAUACCUGAAACUUUUAUCUCUUGUCCAUCCUAAAACGUUUGAUUAACAAAUAAAGUUAGAUUGAAUCUUUUGUUAUCAUGCAAUACUAUCUAUGUAUCAAAUCGACAAAGAUGAUAGAAAAUGGUGAUUCUGGUUCGUUACAUGCAAAAUUCUAA